GCACAGACGUGUUUAUUGCUUUUAAGUAUUUAAUAUCGUCAAAUAAAAAACAAAGAGGUAAAUUCCAAACAAAUUACCGGCAAAUCCAUUUAAAUCCACAGUAAAAGAGUGUAGAGCUGGAGUAAUGGCACUGUCACAGGUACAGUGCCUGGAUGACAGUCACAUCAACCUGAGAACCAGCGAAUCCAAACCGGACUUCUUCUACAGCGAGGAGCAGAGACUUGCGCUCGAGACACUGAUACAUGAGGGACGGGACGCCUUUGAGGAUCACAUCAAAACCAACAACAUUCGCUGUUUUCUAUCGGACCUUGAACUCGAGAGGAUUCACAACACUGUGGAGGUGUACAGCCCGGGAUCCCCUCAUGAUAACGCUGAACUUUAUAACGAGAGUGAUGGAGAAGAUGUGUCUCUCCAGUACUGGCCCGACCUCUCGGAUUACUCUAUCCCACAGCUGGAUAUCGGGUGGUCCGACUGGGCGUCAUACCGUGGAGUGACCCGUGUUCAAGUGUACACUCAACCCCCUUAUGAGGGUCAACCACACAUAAAAGAGGUGGUCAGAAAAAUGAUCGGGCAAGCACAGAAGGUUGUUGCAAUUGUCAUGGACUUAUUUACAGAUAUGGACAUCUUCAAAGAUGUUCUUGAUGCAAGUUUCAGACGGAAAGUUGCUGUGUAUAUUAUACUAGAGAGCGAAGGCGUAACACACUUCCUGAAAAUGUGUGAUAAAGCAGGCAUUCACACAGGACAUCUGAAGAACUUGAGGGUACGCAGCAUCAGAGGGGCAGAAUUCUUCAGCCGAUCUUCAAAGAGAGUGUGUGGAAGUCAGAGUCAGAAGUUCAUGUUUAUUGAUGGAGACAAAGCAGUAUCAGGCUCAUAUAGUUUCACGUGGUCUGCAUCGAGACUGGACCGAAACCUCAUCACUGUGCUGACCGGCCAAACGGUGGAGAUCUUUGACAGCUUGUUUCAGGACAUGUAUGUGAUGUCUAACGGGGUGUGUCUGAACAAGAUCAAUCUGGGCAGUGAGCCUGAACCAGAGAUCGUCCCUCAGCAAGGACCCACUCUAUUCCCCACAACUAACAUUGCGUUCAAGCUCAAUAACCCAAAAUACACUCUGGUUACUGACUACACGUUCACUACCAAUGGACUUGACCAGACAAAUGCCAAAAAUUAUAUCAUUAAGAAUGAAAAAGAAUCAGUCAAACAUAUCAAAGCUGCGCCAGCAUUACCACCGAUUCACCCGGGACUACUCAACCUGGAGAAGGCAAACAUGAUCCAUUAUGUGCCGACCUGGCCCGAUCCCGAACCAGCAAGUGAUGUUAUUGGUUUCAUUAACAUAAGGGACACCAACAAGCCACUGCAAGCACAUCUAAUGCGCUCAGAGCUCUUUGAAGUCUCUCAGGCCAUUAGAUUUAAGGAUAGUAUUAGUGAGCCAAAAGAGCCUGUGAUGGCGCAUCCAAUAUCCAAACCACCCUCUGAUUCUGAAGCUCAAGCUCAGACACAAGCAUGUACAGAAGCUCAAAGCAGGUCAGAGGAGACGGAGAGGAAAGCUGACUUUUUUGAUCAAAAUCCACAACAGGAGAGCAGCCAGAGCGAGGAUCUUAUCUCGCCUCUACAAUCUCCACAGCCUGAAACUGUGCAUGUGCUUACAGGCAACAGAGAAGAUAAAGAAGCACCAGAUGUGACGAUCCUAAAGAAUGAAAAUAUUCAUACAGACUCUCUGGAUUCUAUUUCUUUUGAUGCUAGAGACGAUACAGCAAACUCAGAAAUAAAGCAAAUCCUGUAUUCUCCGCAAGCUCUCCAAUGUCCUGACCAAACCCCAAACAAUCCUGAUGUAAAAUCAAUAUCAGACUCAUUUGAGAGCCUAAAUGGCAAAGUCAUAAUUGAUCUGGAUGCAAAAACAGUGCCAGAAGUGGAUGGGAGACAGCAGAAUGGCUGUGAAACGCACACUUCUAACACAGACUCCAAGUGCUCUUCCUUGUCUGACUAUUAUGAUUGUUUUAGUCCUCUAAAUGAUUUGAGGUCUGAAAGUGACGUUUUGAUGCAAGAAAUACCAUCUGAUUUACAAUCACAUAAUCAGAAAAACAUUCAACAAGAGCAGGAAUUUCCUUGUUUAAAUUCCUUCUCAGUUCAAGAUACUGCUGAUAAAAUGACCUUAUUUACUCCAAAACUUUUGAAAACAUCUUGCAGCAUCGUUUUCAAUUUCCCAUCAUCCGAGUCAAACUCAAUCUCACCUGCACCUUUUACACCUUUAACCACUCUUGUCCGCAAGAGUUUAAAUGGCAAAGGUGCAGUAACAACUUCAACCACUUCAGAUGAAUACUUUGAGUGUAGUGAUACAGUGGGACUUUGGUUUGACUGUAAUUUGAUGAAAACAAGCGCACAGCUCAAAGUCAAUGAGUUCAAUCGAAAUGAACCACAGGACACAGACGAAGACUCCAUACCAGCUGUAACAUUACAAAUACAGAAACUGACAGAAAGGAGCAUGCAGGAAGAUGAUCAACACUGCGAACCAGAGUUGAGCUGUCAUAAUGUGACUCCAAGUGGAUUAAAGAAACAAUCUGUAAUGGAGUUGACAGUCAACGGUCACUCUGAGGAAAACAACCCUGAGACUGUUUUGAGGGCUGAACAUGAUUCUCAGGAUCAGACGGAUGAAAAUAUUCACAGAUACCAAGCACACAAGCCUGAAGUUACACAGGGUCCAGUGGUACAUACACCUGAGAUGAUAUUAGAAAUACAACCUGAGAAACUGGAAACUGAAAAAACACAGUCUGAGUUUAGUCUCGAUUUAAUGUGUGAUGGAGAGUCUGUACAGACAGCUAAGAAUACUGAUAAACAACCAACAUUAGACUUACAGCCUGAGGAAUUGAAAACUGAGAAAAGGCCACUGAUAGACUUUCAGCCUAAGACAAAUCUAGAUUUAAUGUGUGAAAGAGAGUCUGUACAGACUGCUGUGAAAACUGAAAAACAGCUCAUGUUAGACUUACAACCUGACUUUAAUCUAUAUUUAUUGUGUGAGCGACAGUCUGUACAGACUGCUGAGAAAACUGAUAAACCAAAAAUACAGCCUCAGGAACUGAGAACAGAAAAAUCGCCACAAAUAGGCUUUCAACCUGGGGCAAACAUACAUUUAAUGAAGGAAGGAGAGUCUGUAAAGAAGACUGCUGCACAACUACAGCUAGACUUACAAUCCAAGUUAACUCUGGAUUUAAUACGUGAAGGACGGUUUGACCAUUCAGUUGAGAAAACGGAAAAAACACCAACACGAGAUAUACAACCUGAAGUAAAUCUAGAUUUUAUAUGUGAGGGACAGUCUGUAAAGACAGCUGGAAAAACUGAAAAACCACUAAUGCGAGACCUACUAUCUGAAGUAAAUCUAAAUUUAAUAUGCGUGGAAGAGUCUGUACAGACAGCUGAGAAAAAUGAAAAAACACUAACCUUUGACUCGAAUCUUAAGAUUCAAAAUGUCAUUUGUGCUUCAAUCCUCAAACCUUCAGAAUUAAAUGGGUGCAAAUCACUGUCAGCAACAGACAUUGAAUCUGUCGGGGUUUCAGCAGUACAGGACAAGGCAGCUGUAACUCCUGUAAUACCAGAGAACACCACUGUGACAAAGUCCUUAGACCUCCAGAACAACGAGGGACGGCAAAACCUAUUGGCUGAUCUAGAGUUUGAAUCAAAACAUCCACCCAACCUCAAAUCUGCCGAAUAUGUCAAUGAAUUAAAGCCAAUGAAUGUUGCGCACAGUCAAACAGGGUUGAAGGAGAACCCAGAGGUGUGCAGCACCAUAGAAAACCAUCUAAACCCGCCUGAAGAUUUUGAAACAGUUGAGUUGUUGAUUCUGGAGGAUUCUGACCUACAAGAGAUCGAGGAAAAAGGGAAGAAAUGUUCAGAUCCCAGAAAAUUAAAAACUGCAUUGAGUGCAGAAGCAAAGCGGCAAAAUAUCAAACCUGCAGGACUAAAACCGGUUAAUGUUAGAAAGCCGACAGAGAAUAAGUUUGAGCUUCACAGUAAUCACGCAAAGCAAACAUUUCAUUUGACAGCUCCGGUGAAAAAGAAAGAAAGGGAGCGUGUUUCUGCCACUCAGGUGAAAAAGAACCUGCCGGAGGCAAAAGCAAAGCUGGAUUGUCAGGUUAAGAAGGAACCACAUCAAACAUCAAAAAGAAUUCCUGUUGCUAAGGAAGCCAGCGGAGAGAUAUCUGAAUUACACAUCACCAAAUGCUCACCAAGACACCCAGCUCCUAAAACUGAAACACACCCGCAUGGCCAACCACCCUGUCACAGUAACCCCUGCAGUACUGCCUCGCCAUGUCCUGGAGAAAUGACACCACUUAAGUCUCAGCAGAGACACCCUUGGACAGUCUCUUCAAACGGUUCUAUCCCAUCCCCCAAACAGACUCAUGUCCAGUCAAACAAAACUAAAACCACACAAUCUGACCAGCAUGCCUCAAGGAAUCUUUCUGCACCCAAAACAUUAUGCAGUUCAUAUUCUGGAACUUCAUUUCCAAGAAAAAGCAGAAAUGUCAAGCAGACAUUUAAAGAGACUUCUGCAAGCAAAAAGAAAAAAGAAUGAGGAUAAUGUUUCCUUGUUGACUAUUUUUAUUUCACAUUUAAUGAUCUGCAAUAGAAAACUAAAUGAAGCCACUAAUUUGUUUCGUUUUAUGUUUUUCCCCUGUACAAACAGGUUUCCCUCGUUACGUUUGUGUCUAUAAUGUACAUAAUGUAUACAGUCUCAGUAAUGGUUGCUUAAACUAUUUUUAAUUAGAAAUAUUGAGAUCAAUUAAAAGCGUAAUUUGAAGCGGCUAAAACAAAUAUUGUUUGAUUAAGAUAUAAUACAAUGUGUAUACACGAUUUAAGUUAAAAAAACGCUGUGUUUUCCACAUACCGUGCAUGUUUGUAUCUCCUCUUUGCUCCGCCUCUCUGAAAAGCGAGGUGUGCUAUGAUUGGCCAGUUCACUAAUGCGUAGUGAUUGGUCGAAUACUGCACGGAAAUGUAACGACUCUUACCAUAUUCGGAACAUCAGGCUGCGACGGUACGAUGAGAUUUACAAGACUGCCCACCUUACUUGCGUUUAGAUUUGGGCGGUCUUAGUCAAAUCGUUUAACUUACGUAGAUUGGCUGGGGUGUGGUUACACGAGGCGUUUCAGUCAGGUCUGGGUGAGCAUUCGCUUCUAGAUAAAAUACAUCUUUUGUUAACCUUAUAUUUUGCAAUUUUACGUGUCUAAUACAUGCUUGGGCAACUUAUAACAAAGAUAAAGAAAAACACAUAUUUCCGACGAAUCACCCCUUUAAAUCAUCAUACACCAUAAAGUGCAUAAAGCUUUAAAAUAUAUUGUUUCUUGGUUGAAUUUUAGGCUGACAUGGGGUUAGUGUGUGACAGGGGGAUGA